GCCUCUCAGCCAGCCAGGGCACAAUUGAGAGAAGGGGUGCUGCUGUCUCUUUCUUCCUCAGCUGUGACCUUAGGCUUGUACUCUCCUCCCUGUUUCCUUUCUUGGUUCCCCCUCAGUAUCUCCUUGCCUGCAGCUGCUAGGAUAGUUUGGCCUCAGAACACUUCCAUAGAGGCUCAGGGAGCUGCACCUGAAUUCAUCAGCAUGUCAUUCCUGCAUUCCUGCCUGGGCACUCUUGUGUUAACCCAUUUCUUAUCCAGAAAGAACAUGUUGAUGGAGUGGAGGUGUGUGGAGGCAGAAUGUUAGAUUAUCACAGCACCAACAUGGGUCGGUUAUAAUGAUUUCGUAGGUUCUUCAGGGAAACUUUCCCAGAGCUCAGUACUCAGAGAAAGCACUGGGAGUCCGCGUGCUGCAACCAGAGGAACUUUGCCUUCCUUAGCACCAGCAGAGUAGAGGACCAAGAAACAAGACAGCAUGCUGAAAUGUAUAGAACCAACAGCUGUGCCAAAGUGUGCCAACCCAUGCAGCACAAUGGCUGCGUUCCCUGUCUUGGAGCAAGAAACCUUAUUCCGGAACGGUAGCUGGAGCUAUCGAAUCCCAGCCCUGCUCUACCUGCCGCGGUUCAGCAUGAUCCUGGCCUUUGCUGAGGAGCGAGAGGACCUGGUGGAUGAACAUGCCAAGCUGAUAGCCAUGCGCAGGGGCGUGUAUGACCCAGCCACGCAGCACGUUCAGUGGAAAAGGAUGGAGACUCUUGUCAGUGCACAGCUGGAAGGCCACCGAUCUAUGAACCCCUGUCCAGUAUAUGAUGAGGUCUCAGGGAAACUCAUCUUGUUCUUCAUAGCCGUCCCAGGAAAGAUCUCUGAGCAGCAUCAGCUGAAGACAAAGACCAACCUGGUACGUCUCUGCUAUGUCACUAGCAUGGACCAAGGACGCACCUGGAGCGCUGCCCAGGAUGUCACCGACAGGACCAUUAGGAAUGAGUACAAGAACUGGGCCACGUUUGCGGUGGGGCCGGGUCAUGGUCUACAAUUGCUCAACGAAGCCCGGAGCCUUGUGAUUCCUGCCUAUGCCUAUCGUAUCUUGGACCCCAAGCAACACCCCACCCCUCAUGCCUUCUGCUUCAUCAGCUCUGACCAUGGGACAACAUGGGAGAAGGGGAACUUCGUGGGGGAGGAGAGCGCAGUGGAGUGCCAGGUAGCAGAGGUGCAUACCUGCGGCAGAAAGGUUCUUUACUGCAAUGCAAGGAGCAACAGAGGAGCCAGGAUCCAGGCUGUCAGCUACAACCAUGGGCUGGACUUCAAGGGAGGCCAGCGGGUUGAAAUGCUAGUAGAACCUCCCUCUGGAUGCCAUGGAAGUGUUACUGCCUUUCCACCUCCCCCAGAUGCCACAUGUCAAGAUAGUUGGUUACUCUACGCUCAUCCUACAGACCCAAGGGGUCGAAAAGAUUUAGGAAUUUACCUCAACAAAAGCCCUUUAAAUCCAGCACACUGGACAAAACCCAGCAUACUCUUCAAGGGCCUGUGUGCUUAUUCAGAUCUGCAGUACAUGGGUAUUGGGCCCGAUGGCUCACCUUUGUUCUCCUGCCUCUUUGAAUAUGGGACCCGCAGACAAUGUGAAGAAAUUAUUUUUGUCAUGUUUACCUUGAAGCAAGCCUUUCCCUCAGAACACUGAGUCUCAAGCCUUUCUAUCAGCAUACCUCUGAAAACCAUCUUUGCUGAUGCUUUUUACUGUAAUUUUUCAUCCCUCAGCAAAAGGGGGUUUUUUAGUCCUCCUGCACACAUAGUUUUGUGUUGGCUUGUUGUAUCUGUAGAUUGUGAAGUCCAUUAAACAUACCACAACUUAACAUGUUGUGAUUUUCUAUUGCCUGUGC